UUCGCUCUCUCUCUCUCUCUCUCUCUCCCCUUCUUCUCGCCGGAGAUUUCGAUGACGAUUUCGAAGCAAAGCUGAGGCCCAGAUCUUUCAAUCCCGUCGGUGAUGGUGUGUCCCGGGUUCUAAUCCUUGUUUCUCUUCUAAAUUUUGAAUUUGGGAAAUUUUUACUGAAAUGAGAGAAGAAUUGGAUUUGUAUGGUAGAUUUUGUUUGCUUUGAUGUGGAAGAUGUGAAAUAGAGUAUUGAGCAGUUGUUUAGUAAAGUUCUUCAAUUUUCAGGAAGUCGAUGCCAAUUUUACUACUGUUGAUCUGAGUGGUUUCUUCAGCAUUUUGUGAAUUGAUUGGCAACCAUGAAGCCAGUUUAAGUAUUCUAAUGCAAAUGUCGGUGGGAUACUGACUUUUUUCAUUUAUCUAUGCGAUGCAGAUAAAAGAAAUUUGAGAUGUGUUCGGUUCCAAUGAUUGGAUGCCAGUGAGGAGUGUGCUCUCUAAUAUGAUUAGAAUUUUGGGAUUUAAAGUUGGGAGCUUUGUUUUGAGUUAUUGAUUGCUUAAUAUGUUAAUAAGUUGAAGAACUAAUAGUGUUAAGAUUUAUGCUAAUGUGGAUUUGAAAGUAGAUUUUUAUGUGCUUUGUAGUGGAGUAGAUUGAGUUUUUGAUUUUUGUUGGUGAAAAUGACAUCAUUUAGAAGAAGCUUGUCUUUGUUGCAACGAGAUAGGCCUAUCCAAAAUGGGGAAUCUGGCUCUGAUACUUCACCAUCACCUAAGCUGCCCCGUUCCCGGGCAUACAUGGUGUUGAGAUGUUUUGUCAAUUCAAUGGUGAACCCUGUGAUUGUUCUUAUGUUUUUGGAUAGUAUGCGAGCCUCCUUUUGUGGAUUUUUCUCACAAAGAUCUUCUCGGCAUAUGGAAAGGUUGAAAGUGAAAGGCCAACAUUGGCAUCGGGGUGUCUUCCACCUUUUGGUUUUCUUUUUGCUCGGAAUAAUCAUUGGAUUCACCCCAUAUUUCUCUGUGGAUGUCUCCAAGAAUUUUGGGCUAAAGCAUAAGGCUUUUUCCUUCGAGGAGGAUCUUACUGCUGGAAAUGCUCACCAUGAUUCAGGAAAAAAUGAGGUUUCACUGGCGAAAUUAUCCACAUACAAGCGCAAUGAAAGCUUGGGAAAAGUCGCAGCAAUGGAGUGGACAGGUGAGCCCUCAUAUAUUCCAUCUUCCACUGAGGACACAACACUGGUAGAUCGGAAACUUCUUAUUGUUGUCACCCCAACAUAUCCACAUUCCUUUCAAGCAUAUUAUUUAAAUCGUUUGGCAUACACUUUGAGAAAUGUCCCACCACCUCUGCUGUGGAUAGUUGUAGAGAUGCCCCCGCAGUCUGCUGAAACAGCAAAGACUUUGAGGGAAACUGGGGUCAUGUUCAGGCAUCUUGUAUGCAAGCAGAACAUGACCAACGUAAAAGAUGGACAUGUUUAUCAAAGAAAUGCUGCACUUUCUCAUAUUGAGAAGCAUCAUCUUGAUGGGAUAGUUUACUUUGCUGAUGAUGAUAGAGUGUAUUCCACAGACCUUUUUGAGCAAAUGCGAGAAAUCAGACGUUUUGGCACAUGGCCAGUUGCUAUGCUUUCCCAGAGCAAGAACAAAGUGAUUUUGGAAGGUCCUAUUUGUAACGGCACUGAAGUUAUCGGGUGGCACUCAGAUCAAAUAAAGAAGAUAUCAAAAAGGUUCAGUCUUGACAUAUCAGGGUUUGCAUUUAAUAGCACCAUACUGUGGGAUCCUAAGAGAUGGCGGCGACCAACAAUUGAGCCCAUCAGACUUUAUGACACAAUUAAAGGACUCCUGGAAACUACACUUGUUGAGCAAUUGGUUGAAGAUGAAAGUCAAAUGCAGGGAUUACCGAGUAAUUGUUCGAAAAUCAUGGUUUGGCAUGCUCAUAUGGAAGCUCCUGAGAUCUUUUACUCCCCUGGCUGGUUAAUGCUCAAAGAUAUUGAAGUUGCUAUUCCUCUACCAUGAUUUUUUUUUUACCUGACAUGGUUUGUUCGUGACUUUGGCACUGCUAAUUUCAUCUUGAGAUGCUGGCAAGUCUGUUGCUCCACAGAGGCAGGACACUGGUAGUGUACAGUUCUCAGAUGCUCUUCUGUUAUCCCAAAAAAAUGUGAUCUGCUUGAAUAUGUGAAAAGUACAGCUAGAGAAGGAUAUGCGCCGCAAUGAUGGAUAGAAUUAUCUCAACUUAUACUGUGCUCUCUGUUUCUUUUUGAGCUAAUUUUGUUUCCUGAACAAUGUAUUUGAUAGUUUCCAUUGUAUAAAUCUCAAGGCCUUAACUGAGAGCCCCAUUUAGAGAUUGUUCCUUGACAAUUUGGUUACUGCUUGUUUCUUAGCAAGGGUGGAAAAUGCCAAGAAUAAAAAAAUUUAUCAUUUCUUCAUCA